GCCUAGGUACCCCCACCAUUGACCAAGCACCUGUUUGCGACUCUUGCCGCCCGGGACGAUCAUCUAUCCGUACCUAGAUUCCAAAGCAGCCGGUGAUCCAGAAGACCGACACCGAGCAACUUCCAGUUCCCAACCUGGAAGUUUCGUACCCCUCGUACUGCGCUCACCUCAAUAAUACCACCACCACAUUCAACGACCAUUCAUCUGCCCUCACCCUCACCAACAAACAUACUGUAGGUUAUCUGUUGUCGCCAGCAGCCUGAUUAACGUUUCACUUGUUGCAACUCACCCUCUACAUUGCAUCAUCUUCCACUUUCCCCAAACCUUCCGGACACCACAUCCUAUUACACUCUCCGAGCGUUCUCCCUCAGCAACUUUUGCCGCCAGCCUCAGUUCUCGAGUCGUAUCCCCUUUCCUCUCCUUCUCAGCAACGGCAUUCUUGCUUCUAACCUAGUCCCAUCUCGCGACAUCCUCGUCACCAGCCUCCCAGACCAUUCAAGACCCUUUCUACGCUCCUGCAUCUGAAUUCCGGCAGCGCAGCCUUGCCCGUCACUCUUGGACCACGAAUACCCUCGGAGCCUUGCCUUCCUGUUGAAAACGAAUCAAGCGAGAGUGAGAACAAGAGGCCGUCGGGCCUGAGGAGGUCAUCAGAAUGGGUCAGAAACAAUCCAAAUUAUCCCCGCAACAAUUAGAAGAAUUGCAAAAGUCGACACAUUUCGACAAGAAGGAAUUACAGCAAUGGUAUAAAGGUUUUCUCAAAGACUGUCCAUCAGGGACAUUGACGAAAGAAGAAUUCCAAAAAAUCUACCGCCAAUUCUUCCCCUUUGGCGACCCCUCCUCAUUCGCCGACUAUGUCUUCAAAGUCUUUGACUCGGACAAAAGCGGCACAAUCGACUUCAAGGAAUUCAUCUGCGCCCUAAGUGUCACAUCAAGAGGCAAAAUGGAGGAUAAACUCGACUGGGCUUUCCAACUAUAUGACAUCGAUGGAGAUGGUAAGAUCAGUUAUGAGGAAAUGCUGGCGAUUGUGGAAGCAAUCUACAAAAUGGUCGGAUCCAUGGUCAAAUUACCCGAAGAUGAAGACACACCGGAAAAGCGAGUACGCAAGAUUUUCCGCAUGAUGGAUAAGGAUGAGAAUGGGAGUCUGGAUAUGCAGGAAUUCAAGGAGGGAAGUAAACGGGACGAGACGAUUGUUUCGGCUCUAUCCUUGUAUGAUGGCCUGGUAUAACCGGCACGACUCAAGCGAUCCUCAAGUCCAAGUGCAAGCCCCAGUUCCAGUUCCAGUCCCUCAAUCCCCAGCUGUUGUUGUGGUUGUGGUUGUUGUAGUAUUUUCGAAUUGAGCGACAUGUCGUGGGUUGCUUGCUUACUGAUUUGGUUGGUUGGUGGGUUGGCUGGUGUGUGGGUUGAUCGAUUGAGUGUGAUGGUUGUUGUUGUUGUUGUUGAUUGCUUGGAUCAUUCCUCGAAUCCCUCCUAUAUUUCCUUCUAAAACGUUGUGGCGUCGGUCGUGGUCGGGUGGGAGUCGACACGAUAUGAUGUGACCCACAACUUUCCACAACUUGGGAUUUUAACUUAUGCAGCGUCAUGUGGUGGAUGUGGUUUAGGAUGUCUAUAUGUGUUACGAAAAGAUUCUAUGCCAUGAUAUGCCUUGCCUUGCC